AUGUCCUCUGUUUUGCAGAAGCGUCGUGGUGCCAAGUCGGCCACGCCAACGACAGCGAGAAGGUCAGACUCCUUUGACGACGACGAUGUGUCCAGAGACAGAACCCCAGACCACAAGAUUGGUGUGGACGACAGAGACAUUGUGGAUCGUCGUGCUUUGAAGGUGCCUUUUUUGACACUUAUGGAGGAAGUGUUGUUGAUGGGGCUCAAGGACAAGGAGGGUUACUUGUCAUUCUGGAAUGAUAACAUCUCCUAUGCCCUCCGUGGAUGCAUCUUAUUGGAAUUGACCUUUAGAGGGAAGAUCACGUUAGUCAAUGACCCUGCCAGACGUAGAUUUGAACUUAGCGAUCGUUUAGUGGAGGUUAUUGACACGGAUCCAACCGGUGAAGUCUUGUUGGACGAGGCACUUAAAAUAAUGAAGAAUGACGAGGGCCACUUGUCUGUAUCCAACUGGAUCGACUUGUUGUCUGGUGAAACUUGGAACUUAAUGAAAAUCUCUUACCAAUUGAAGCAAGUCAGAGAAAGACUAGCCAAGGGUUUGGUCGAUAAAGGUGUUUUGAGAACGGAACGCAAGAACUUCUUCCUAUUCGACAUGGCUACCCAUCCUGUCGCUGAUAAAAUGUCAAAGGAGCACAUUAGAAACAGAGUGUUGAACAUUUUGACGCAAAAAACGGUGGACUUAGACUCCUUGAGCAACGAUCACUUCCCUGCUGAUACUUCUUUACGCUACUUGAGGACAAUCGCUUUAGUAUGUGGCGCAUAUGCUGCUAACGUCUUGGAAAACGUCUUGAUGUCCUUGAACUACGACAAAAGAGACCAUGCCUUCUCUCGCGCUGAUGAGUUGUUGAACGACUACAGCGACUACCCUUUCAAUCUCAAGGGUGGUCCAAGCCCCUUGGGUAUCAGCACCAACCUACCAUCGGAGGUUAACAAAGAGAUUGAGCAGAGCACAGCUUCAGAAUUGCAAUUGGAGUUGGUUGCUGCAGUUUUGAGUGUAUUUGCAAGGAUGGACUCUAUUUUGUGA